AACGUUCAUCUCGUGAUCUCGAAGAAGAAGAAGAAUAUUACCAGCGGAGGGCGGUUGUACCGAGAGCUCCGCACCUACAAUAUCUCAUCGCUCGCCGCCAGUCAUGUCGGACGAACUGCACGUGCUCCAUGACGAGGAUAAGCCAGGACGAAACCUAAACAAGAUCUACUUCACAGUAGGAGUCCUUAGCGGCUGCAUCCUAGUGCUCUUCUCGACAUGUGCCGUUGCCAUCAGCUCUCACGUUGCCCCCAAUGCGUCCACCCUCAACGUGAACGGCACCUGCCACACUCACCCCUGCCACCUACUUCGACAACGACUCAAUGCUUCCCUCAACCCCAGCCAACAGCCUUGCACAAAUUUCUACCGCUUCGUCUGCAGCCGCAACGGCAGUGACCAACUGGCCGGCCAGAUGGCGUUCGACCAAAUAUGGACGGAGGAAGCUCUGCACAAAGCGUUCCACAAGGUGGACGACAACCCCUGGAUGCCAAGCACGGGUCAAACCGAUGCGCAAAAGUUCGCAGCCUUUUACCUGUCCUGUUGUCGUAUCCUGAGCCCGCACGCGCACAACGUGAAAAGUCUUAAGCAGUUCCUCCGGUUCUUCAACUUUUCUUGGCCCAAGGUUCGCGCGAAUCAGACGCAGGCAUUCGAUUUGAUCGUAAGGAUGGAGCUUCAGUACAACAUGGGAGUGUUUUUCCGUUUCGGAAUCUCUCUGAAGCGAGCGAAUGCCUGGGACUUCACUCUGAAGCCGCCAAGGAUGUCGAAAUUCAUCUACUCCCCAACACGCAAAGAAAAGUACGUCAUGUACCUAGACAAGUUGGUCAAGCUGAUGAGCAGGGCGAAAAGACACGUCAGCAUCGUAGACUCAAUAUUAAGAAUGGAGGAAGAGCUUUAUCAGCUGGCUCUCUUGCAAGAUAAACAGCGCGUGGACAUCAGGAACUUGGCCUCGUUAACUCCUGGCAUUGGCCCAGGAAUGUGGAUCGAGACAUUCGGCAAGUACUUUGCGCUGUCCAAGUUCUUCACCAACCACACCGUAGUCAUUCGAAGCUCCCGAUAUUUCCAGGCGUUGUUCUCCUCUCUGUCACACAAAGAAGGCGCUCUUUACUUGGGGUGGCGAGUGGCUCGCUUUGCGGGCUGUUUCACGCACCAAGUUCGAACCCUAGAGGAGGCCGUACAGCUCAACUUCGACUCUUGCAGCCAACCUAUUCACAAACCGAAACAUUUCUGCCGCGCUGUGGCAUCGAAACUGAUGCUCCCUCAGCUUGUAGCUUUCGCAACCAGUGCUCUGACAAGCCAGGAGGAGGUCCAAGGAGUCCACACCAUAGUCGAAAAUGUCAGGAAAUCUAUCGUUAACGGUAUCACCCUGAACCCCUGGCUCGACAACCAAACCAAGAUAAUGGGGCUCGAAAAGUUGAAGAAAAUACGUUACCUUUUCCCAGAGAUGGAUAACACAACUGUUACAGAGUUGCCUGAUAUGGGACCGGAUUUCUUGCAGAACUGGAUUCAUGUAGCUGCAAGGGGAAGCGCCGGCAAUAUAAACGUCGAAGGUCGUAUCAAGCGCCUGUACCAGGAACAAGUGCACUUCGAUAUAUUUAAGAACCAACUUCAUGUUCCCGUUUCCGCCACCAAACUCCCGCUUUAUUCCGAUCAGUUACCAGCUUCCGCAAAUUACGGCCGACUUGGACAACUGGUGGCUAACGGAAUCUUACGUAGCCUCGACGCCCAAGGGAAGGCCGUGGACGAGAGAGGCCGCAAGAAUCUCUGGUGGUCCCAAAACUUCACAAACAUCUACAAAGGUCGUAGGGCGUGCUUCGCUAGGUCGUACAACGCGACAAGUAAAUCGAACAAAGCAAACAUCGUGGAAGACGUCAUCAAUAGCGCUGCGAUUCGUUACGCUUACAGCGCUUACAAGGCUGUCGAAGACAAGACUGAUGGUGCUAUACUAGAGGGCUUCAGCGCGGAUCAGACUUUCUUUUUGUCUUAUUGUCACGCGUUCUGCGAUAAUGUCAAGGACGGGGAGAACCGCUGUAACAAGCCCUUGGCGAAUACGGAGGAGUUUUCCCGCGCUUUUGUGUGCAGGCCCAACGAUCCGAUGAGUCCUAGUGAUAGGUGCUACCUGUGGUGACCUAUGGCAGAUGGCCAGAUUAAAGCUGGCUGAAAGUA